CUUGUCUGUAAGCCUGAGUACGUACACAAACGUGGAUUCAGCGUUUUUGUCGGAGACAGGGCGCAACUAUGCAAGACCUUCUAAUAGUUUCAUACUUAGCCUAGCUGCAGCCCUUCAAAUCACUUUGGGGCCGAAUUACCGUUCACUACCGGUGUUUCAUACACUUGUUCUAACUCGAUUGAACAUACCACUGGGGAACGAUAAACUCAUUCUGACGAAGAUUACAACUUGCCAUGCCUCGCGAAAACAGUUUCACGGACUCUGUCGGACGUUCCUUGACGCCUGACCUUGAGGACGAAUUUAUGCCAUCACCAAGUCCAGCAUUGCGUUCCGCAUCUCCUGCUCAUAUCGAAUUGUCUUUACCCUCCGAUGGAUCCUUCCAAGAGCCUGUGGUUCGGUCUUGCCGACGUGCAUCUUCGUCAAUACUUCCGGCCUCGCUGCAGCCAGAACGUGUUCCUGCCAUACAUUUUCAAACUCCCAAAGAUCGCUUCCGUGCAUGUGUUCGUAAAGUAAUUUCCAUGCACCGAACAGCAACCUCCUUUUCGGGCUUCGGUCUCGCCGGUGCGGAACCUGGUGUUGACCCGCGCAGGCACUCCUCAUACCUCCAUUAUGCGCACAUUCGCGAGCGCUGCGAGAUCCAGAUCAACGACUAUAGUACCGUGAGGAGCAGCUUUGAAAAGAUGGAUAAUGAGCGUUUUGUACAAAUGUUCAAAGAUGAGAGAAGUUCGAAGAGGGAAUCUUGGGUGAAGGUGAGGUGGAUAAGUGUGUGCGGCAUCAGCUGGGAUGUGAUGAGUGUACUUGCCCUGAAGUAUGGCCUUCAUCCCCUCGCCAUCGAAGAUGUAUUGCACAAACACGGACACACGCGCUCCAAAACGGACUACUACACUCAACACCUCUUUAUCCAUGUCUUAUCUCACACACUCGCUUCCUCCUCUUCAUCUCACUCCUACAUACCAGAGGACGAAGACCCACUACGGAGCUCCUCACCAGGUCCAAUGACACCAGGAGACUACCACGAGAAGGGGUACUUCAAGGAUGAUAACUUACAUGCAGAGGCUGGGGAUGAAGAUCAUACGAUGUAUGACGACAGUGUGCCUGCAACGUGGCGACUUGGAAGCACUGUCAGGAGCCAAAGGUCAGUGAAAGCUGACAUGGAGAGUGUAGCAAGGGCCAGGGAGAACGACUUAACCCCGCUGACAUCUGCUACACGGAAGGAGAGCGCGUCACGAAAACGCCGGGAGAAAGCUCAUAUAACUCUCGCUGAUCUAAAGAAGGCAGGCCGUGUGAACGUUUGCAUCCACCCGAUAUCAAUUUUCUUAUUGAGAGAUGGCACAGUAAUCUCUGUCAUGCCGUCCAAUUUCAUUCAUUUCACAGGUCCCAUCAUGGCGCGUCUCCGACAGCCCGACACGGGGCUGCGUGCAUCUGCAGAUCCCAGUCUACUCGUUCAAAGUCUGCUUGACCUCAUUGUGGACUCUGCACUUGAGGUAGUGGAUGCAUUCCACGAGAAGAUAUUGCAACUAGAAUACGAUGUGUUGAUGAAGCCGAAUAUGAAAGUGGUUACAAGGCUGCACAUUCUUUCUGGUGAUUUGAUACUGCAUAAGCGGACCCUUGGGCCCCUCAAGACGGUCAUUUAUGGGCUACGGCGGUACGACGAGGACCGGUGUGCUGCCCUUCUCUCACCUGCUGAGAAGGAGGUGCAAGAGCAAAGCAGAGAAAAAGUGAAGGGGUUCAUGUCCGAUAAGAGCAAAAUAUACCUGGCGGACGUACACGAUCAUAUGGAAUAUAUCCUUACAAGCAUGGAUAUGUUCGCAGGGAUAACAGAAAACCUGAUGAACUACACGUUCAAUAUGAAAUCAUACGAGAUGAACGUAGUCAUGCGCCGCCUCACCCUCGCAACUAUCAUAUUCCUCCCGCUGACAUUGCUCACGGGUUACUUUGGAAUGAAUUUUGCAUCAAUGUGGAGUGUCAAUCACCAUUCCGACACCCUAUUUUGGAAGAUUGCGAUCCCUCUCAUGGCAUUCGUUAUACCCUUAUUUAUGUGGUCAGACAUAAAGCAGGCUGCGCAUUACGCUGAGAAACGGUGGGCGGCAAGGAGGUCAUGACUACCAAGGCAAGCUGGCGUGACUGACCGAUGCCCGCAAUAUUCAACGCGGUUGUAUUACACGACUUUACACGAUUGUGUUUGGUAGAUUUCGGAGUAUUUGACGUUGCUUGCUUGCGCACUAGCGGCGAUAGCUAGAAAUACUAAGUGUGGCCACUACGGGACACACUUCUUUCUAAGCUGAGAACACAUGCCUUGAGUGGAGUGGACUAGCACUCCUUUGAUGACAUAUGCCUUGACCGCUUGAACAUACUGCGAGGUCCGACGGACGCACAAACUUCGCGCCGGCGUUGCAGAGCAAUCCGCUUCUGAAUAAUGUUCAAAAUGACAGAGUGGCCAGCUAAGUGGCUGCUUGUGCAUGCAGCGAGGACCCU